AUGCAGUAUCGCACUCCGGACGCGAGGCAGCGCAAGCUGGCAAGCCGCAAGUUCGAUGGCACCGAGAUGUGCCUUGGACUCGGGUCCAACUACUUCGACUGGGGCACGACGUUUUGGCGCCAGGCCAACAUGGCAAAGGAGUCUUGCGACUUCCUGUGGAGCGAGAACUUAUAG